UUGACUCACAGCUUUUCUAAAAGAUGUUCUUUGGCUCGAUCCGACUUCUGUCCGUUCCAGCCAUGGCCAAAAACCCUGCAGAUGUCUUCGCAAAGGACUGGAAGGCCUUCCAGAAAGUUGUCCAGGAGGUGCCAGAGGAGUUCGAGAAGCUGAUCGAGCGACGCAGAGAUGCCUUUGAUCGGAAGACCGAGAACAGCUUGCACACUGUUCCCAUGGAGACGGUCACACCUGUAGAGAUGCGGAGUUCUGCGACGUGUGACUUCUCCCGGCGGCCGAGUGCGGAUGGGUGCAGGGUGAGGAUCGUGGAGCACAAGAUCGAACAAUUGUGAGGCUUUCAAAGACUUGGAGAAGAGCGAGUUUCGUG